CACGCCAAUGAGAGGCUUGAUGACGCACUCCUACUCAAGCGCGCCUUCAGUCCUCAGGUUCUUAACAUACAGUCUUUCGUAUCGGAUAUUGACAUUUGAAAUUCACUAGGAAAACACCCUGUCACAUGACAAAGGUGACAACCCAGAAUGAUGUCAGACCCCACAAAAAUUGUGGUCUGGGGCCGACAUCUCUUGAUGUAACAUGUGAUCGACAGACAAAAGCACUCUGGCCUCGUGUACAAGGAACGAUGCAUACAAUGGCCAAUAUGUUUUCGUACAUUACACUUCUGUUGUGCGCCAUAGCCAUCAGUGAGGCUUGUAAAUGUGCAGUACCACAUCCACAGACUCAAUUUUGUAAUGCAGACUUUGGUAAGACUUAUAGACCUGUUUACUGUAAUCAUCUAGUUCUUAGUGCUUUUCAUGGGAACUUUACAACCGUGAUGCGUUUUCUUCGCGACUUGCAAUUUGUUGACACCGCAUAGCAGGACGCUCCGGACAUAUUUAAUCGAUUUACACUUUCCUUGACAUGGGAUGCCAAACUAUUGAGCCACCUUGAAAGAUUGAUUGAAAAAAGUGUCUCUGUUCUAUGAUGCGCCUUUAUACCAUUUCCUGUAGUCUAGAUGCGUCUUCGCAAUCUAACAUCGUAGAGGAACUUAAACUGCUCAGACCAAAUUCAAGUUUAAAAGGCGAUCAUUAGAUAAACCUACGCAAAUUUUUCAAGUGAAGCUUCGAUUUUUAUACUCUGAACUUGGGAAGGAACGCCUUUGCAAUUAUGUUUUCUGUUUAAAUUCCGCUUUGAAACAUAAGUCUGAAAUGAAAGCAAAAGUAAAUUUUUAAAAAGUCCGAUUAGUUUGGCUUUUGCCCCCUGAAAUUCUCUGUAAUCUUGUUUCAAAAUCGGUACCAAUGUGAAACUUCUUUAUUCUAACUAAAAAGAUUAUCAAUCUGCUUUCGUAGUUCUGCCUUUGUAUAAACUUCUGUUCGUUACAUUAUUUCGUAUCAAAUAGAACAGACUUACGUACAGUUUUCAGUUAAUUAGAAAAUAAAUUUAUUUGCUAAGUAAUGUCUUUGAUAAGGAACCAGCAUUUUUCACUGUAGUUUGAGUUUCUUGGGUAGUAUAUGACAAGUAAGCAAGUUUUACAGUACUGAAGACGCCAAACAAUGGAGUUUGUACUGGAUCAGGGCCAAUCAUGAGUCGUGAUGGCAUUCGGAAACCGCAUGCCACAAUACAAAAUCCGCCAUAGAUUAAAGGCCAUAAAGAUUAGUUUUGACAGAAAAAUAAACUUCAAAAUGACCUCUAUCUUGACUUAAGUUAUCGUUCAAGACACAUUUCGUGCUUUGUGCGGAAAUCAAUGUUUGUACAAUGCAGACGUUGGAAUAGGAUAAGGAAUAUUAUUUACCUUGAAGUUUUACGUUCAACCAAAGUGACCAGUUUGGGCAAAAGGUGAAAGAUCUACUAUCACACAGUUGUGCCAAUCUCGAAUGAUUUCUCAGAGCGUUUGUUUUCAAGGUUGCCUAUUCAGGAGUAAUACUUAGCCAAUACAAAUAUAACAUGUGAAAUUGCAGCUGAAAACGAUGCCACACGGUAAAACAGUUCAAAGCGUUUCUGGUAUGCACUUGUUUGCCUAUGUACCGAUUUCCUUUAUGACGAGGAUGCACUGAAUGCCAAAGGAACUUUCCACUCUCCACUUUCCACUAAUUUUUUCCAUAUGUUUCUUUCUCUUUCAAACGUUUUAUUCAUUUCUCUUUUUCCAUCACAUUUUCCUGGCCUUCCCGCGCGAAUCAAUUUAGUUCUGAUCAAAUCGGAAAAACUUAAAAAACGCCCGUACUGAAAGCCAUAUAGUUAAACCACAAGUCGGACUAUGAUGCGUUUAUUCAAGUGAAAAGGAACUGGGUUAAUUUGUUAACUAUUUGCUUUCUGUCUCUUGUGAUAAUUAGCUUUGACAUCAUCAUGACUUCCGUUCAGGUUUCCGCAAUGUCUGUCACUGUCGUGAACAACAGCACUUUCCAGGAUUACACUCGAGUGGAAAAUGUUACCACACGAUCGACUUCAUUCCCCGCAAAGCUUUUGUUUCCAACAGACAGGUCAUCUGAACACCUGUCAUUGUUAACGAUCACACUAUUCGUUUCAAAUUACCCUUGUGCAAACAAGAUCUCUUUUGUGACUCCUAAUACUGCUUGCCAUACGAAGUUAGUUCGGAAAAAAAAUAUCAAUUAGGGGAUUAUUAGUUGAUCUGAUACCAAAUUCUCCAAACUAAUAUCAUAAGAAUUGUGUGGCGGAAGGUAAGGAGAAUUACCGAUAAGAUCUCUGUAUUGAAAGGGUUAACAGAAGUAAGUAAAUACCGAAUGGCUUUCGACACUCAAUUUUAUAGACUGACAGUGCUGUUUUUCUCCGACCCCUAGCAAUUCGUGCCAGAGUUUUGAGGGAGUCACGAGAAAACGGCAAUAAAAUUUACUCGCUCCGAGUUCUACGAACCUUUAAAGGUAAUUCAACAAUCGACCGCAUGGCGAGGACUCAAGGCAAGGGGAAGAACACGAAAAGGGUGAUUGACGUCGCAACACAGAACGAAACCGCUGCCUGUGGCGUACUACUCGACAUUUCGAAGGUCUACCUACUUUUCGGUGACGUAGAGACACGUACAGGCAGGCAGUUGUUAACAACCAACAACUGUAAAUGGCAUGCUUUGUGGCAAAACAUCUCUGUGCAACAACGCCGCGGGCUCAAGAGGGUUUAUGGGCCGAACUGCCGAUGUAAAAUUGAAAAGUUCUGUUUUAAGAGUCCUCCGAGCUUAUGCGACGAUAUGAUUGGUGGAUGCGACAAGCCCGCUGCUGGCAGUCGCCUGACCGAUUGCCGAAGGAAGCAUUCUUAUUGCACUAAGAGUGGUGACAAGUGUAGGUGGAUCCUUUCAAGAAAGGCUGCUUUCAAAAAAUGCUUGCAAUAGAGAAGAGUCUAUGCCUCUACAUGACCAGAUAAAG